GAGAACCACAAAUUAGCUGAAAGGAGUAGUGUUCUGGCUACUUACUUUUCUCUGGUAAACUUCUGGGCUCACUCCAGGGGCCAGUUUAGAGUUAUAUUUGCCAUGUUGUCCCAAUUCCUUGAAGCUACUUUAUGGGCUUAUGGAGCCCAUCCACUGUCUUCUAUUACACAUACCACUUCUGACCUCACAAUCCUUUAACUGCAGCCCCAGGCCCCGCCCCAACUGUCAAAAGCUCUCUCAAGUCUGCCCAGUCUGGGCCUCCUUCAAUUUAUAAAUCCAUCUGCCCCUUCAAUCCUCUAGCCCUAUGGGCACCCUCAGGCCCUCGGGGCCGUAAGAACACCUCCCCUUCUGCAUGAUUCAUCACGGAGUGAAGAAUGAAAUGACCUCAGUAGCAUGUUUAUCAUCAUCAAACAUGGAGACAAUCAAGAGUUUCUGGUCAAUACCAAUUGCUCUGUCCUCCUGUUGCUACAUUACACCAGAAAGAAAAUGGGAUUACGGAAAACAGACACCAUUGAUUUGUGUGAUGAAUCGGGGACCAUGAAGUUACUCUUCCUGUCAAAGACACCUGGAGACUAUGCCAGCAAAUUCCUUACAGCUCGAAAUACCUACUAUGUUUGUAAAGUGGAGCGUGGGGCACCAGGCACCAGAAUCCACAAUUCCUACAAAGCCAUUGUGCCCCUCCUGAAGAAUCCAGAACCUGAACUAGUUGAGUCACUUCUCACACAAUGUGAAUUCCUGGAGAGGAGCCGAAUAAAGAUGCUUAGAACUCUAGAAGCCAAGAGACUGGCAGCCAUGGAAUCCUCUGUAAAUCUCCUGGCAAGAUCUCCCAAGAGUAGUGGAACCCAGCAGGCCCCUAGCCCAAGCAGCCAACUGAAGUCUAAAGGGGGGCGAUCAGAUGAAGAUGGGCCACCUUCCACCCGCAGACCAUUCUAUAAGACUAGAGCAGACUUUCUCAAGAGACAUCAUUAACUCAAUAAAAUGACCAAGUGAGAGCAGCAAC